GGGACAGCGCUAGGCCGGCCUUGGCCUGCCUUCCACAACACUUCAGUCUGGGCACUGUCGCUGCGGAGACACCAGGCCAUGGCGCGCGUGCUGAUCGUGGGUGCCGGGCUAACAGGAAGUUUGUGCGCAGCGCUGCUGAGGAAGGAGGCGACCUGUCCUUUACAUCUCGUUGUGUGGGACAAAGCUGGGGACUCAGGGGGAAGAAUGACGACUACCAGCAGUCCUCAUAAUCCACAGAGCACAGUCGACUUGGGUGCCCAGUACAUCACGCGCACUCCUCACUAUGUCAAAAAACACCAAAGUUUUUAUGAUGAACUGUUAGCUCAUGGCAUUUUGAAGCCUCUGACCUCUUCUAUUGAAGGAAUGGUGAUGAAAGAAGGAGAUUCUAACUUUGUGGCACCUCAAGGAAUUUCUUCAAUUAUUAAACAUUACUUGAAAGAAUCAGGUGCUGAUAUCUAUUUCAGACAAUGUGUGACCCAGAUCAACCUGAGAAAUGAUAAGUGGGAAGUCUCCAAGGAAACAGGCUCCCCUGAGCAGUUUGAUAUUGUUGUCCUCACGAUGCCAGUUCCUCAGAUUCUGCAGCUGCAAGGUGACAUCGCGGACUUAAUUAGUGAAUGCCAAAGGCAGCAACUGGAAUCGGUGAGCUACUCCUCUCGCUAUGCUCUGGGCCUCUUUUAUGAAGCUGGCACGAAGAUUGAUGUCCCUUGGGCUGGGCAGUACAUCUCCAGUAAUCCCUGCAUACGCUUCAUCUCCAUUGAUAAUAAGAAACGCAAUAUAGCAUCAUCAGCAGUCGGGCCUUCCCUUGUGAUUCACACCACCGUUGCAUUUGGAGUUACAUACUUGGAACACAGCAUUGAGGAUGUGCAGGAGUUAAUCUUCCAGCAGCUGGAGAACAUUUUGCCAGGCUUGCCUAAGCCGGUUGCUACCAAAUGCCAGAAAUGGAGACAUUCACAGGUUACAAAUGCUGCUGCCAAAUAUCCUGGCCAAAUGACUCUGCAUCUCAAACCUUUCCUUGUGUGCGGAGGGGAUGGAUUUACUCAGUCCAACUUUGAUGGCUGCAUCACUUCUGCCUUAUGUGUUCUGGAAGCUUUAAAUAAUCACAGUUAGUAUUUGUAUUCUUUUUUUUAAUUUUUAAAAUACAGCUGACAUACAAUAUUAUAUUAGUUUCAGGUGUA